AUGGCUCAAAUUGAAUGCGACAAAAAACUUGAUCUGGAUGAUCCACUUAACAGGCCAUCUUUUUUGAAUGCAUCUUCAGAUCAAAUGAAAACAAUUCAGGAAAAAGGAAAUAAAAAGAUCAAAGGUAUUCAAAAGUACGAUGAUAAUCAAUUCAAGUCAACUCAAUUAUUUAAGGGUAUCAAAGAACAAGAGUCACCAAAAGAUUUAAUUUAUUUCGAUGUCGAUAAUUACAACAAACCAAAGAAAUUAAUCUUUUAUUAUGCUUCUUUCAAAUUUCUGGACAUAAUCAAAAUUGUGAAAGAGCAUUUUAUUGAUGCAACCCAUUCAUUACUUGAAUUUAAAAUGUUGUUUUACAUGAUAUCAGCCAAAUUUCCAAAUACACAUGCAUUCCCAAUUUUUCAAUUUGUCGUUUAUCCAAACACUUCAGAAAAUAUUGCAUUCUGUCUCAAGGCAUUUUUUAACUGGGCAAAAGUAAAACCAAAAUAUUUUAUGUCAGAUUGUGCACAAGAAAUCGAAAAUGCGAUUAUCAACUCUUUUCCAGAAGUUAUCCUUCAUUGGUGUGCAGUUCAUGUAAUGAGGGCGUUCAGAAAAAAUUUGAAAGAUUAUGCAUUUGAGAGUUCAGACAAAUUGAUAUUAGAUACAAAAAUGAACUAUCUUGCAUACGGCAGAAAUGGCAAGAAAGAAUGGAUUGAACCAACGUUCAAAAAAAUUCUGGAAAUAGCCGAAAAAUUCCCAGAAUUUUCAAAAUACAUACAAAAUCAAUGGAUAUCAAACCAAGAAAGAUGGACAGCCGCUGAAAGAGAUGAAAAUUUAGCUCUCACAAAUAACAUUUCAGAAUCGAUUAACAAAAAAAUUAAAUAUUACUACUUUGGCGGAACAAUUUUCAUGAGAUUUGAUCGAUUUGUGAUGAAAUUAAUCGAUUUUAUCGUUCCUUCAUUUUAUUACAGAAUUUCUCAAGAUAUAAGGCUCAGAGACAAAAUUCCAAAUCCGUUGCCAUCUGAAAAA